CAUCGUCCUCAAGGCAUCUCCAGGUUGUCCAACUGCUGGAGUCCUGUGCGCGACGAGGUCUUCUACGUCCUCUUCUAAUCCUCUUCAGACCCAGAAUCUUACUGCGCAUGACCGGUCCCUUACCACUGUAUUCUGACCUUGUUCUACAACUGCCAAAAUGUCAUACCAGAAUGGCAACAGGAUCGACGAGGACGAUCAGCUCGAAGAGGAGCUCGUCCAAGACUAUCAGGAACAGAUAAGAUAUAACGAUGGAGCGGACAUUGAACGAACCGAAUCGCUCAGUGGGCCAGCAGAUAUUCGAGCCCAGCUGGAGGCUGCGGCAGCACCUCUCGAAUACCAGGCAUCCUUAGAGACCAAGUUUGCCUCAUACGACAAUUACUGCAGCCUUUUCCACUACAUCCUGAACUCAGAUGGACCUGUGGAUAUUGAACAACCGUCUUACUACUGGGCGUGGGAUGUUAUCGACGAAUUCAUUUACCAAUUCGAAUCGUUCUGCAGAUACCGGAACCGUGUUGCACGGACAGCACCGAAUGAAGAGGAGGCACAAGUUCUGCGAGAAAAUCCAAACACCUGGGGCUGCUAUUCAGUAUUGAAUGUUUUGUACUCGCUCAUCCAACGCUCCCAGAUCAACGAGCAACUCGCCGCACAAAAGCGGAACGAAGACCCGAACUCCGUCGCUGGCGAGUACGGCUCUCGACCACUCUACCGCAUGCUGGGCUACUUCUCGAUCAUCGGUCUGCUGAGGGUGCACUGCCUGCUCGGCGACUUCAGCUUGGCGCUGAAGACGCUGGAUGAUAUCGAAAUGAACAAGAAAGCUAUGUUCGCGCGAGUCAUGGCCGCCCAUCUGAACACCUACUAUUACGUCGGCUUCUCUUAUAUGAUGCUCCGCCGGUAUGCUGAUGCUGUACGCAUGUUCAGCCACAUUUUGGUUUACGUCUCGCGAACCAAAAACUUCCAAAAGGGCAACCAGCAGUUCGACGCCAUUGCCAAGAAGACGGAGCAGAUGUACGCACUUAUCGCGAUAUGUGUGUCGUUCGCACCCACUCGUCUCGAUGAUACCAUUCACACGGCACUUCGCGAGAAGUAUGGCGAGAAAUUCGCCAAACUUCAACGUGGCGGUCCCGACUCUCUGCCAGUGUACAAGGAAUUGUUUCAGUCUGCAUGUCCCAAGUUCAUUACCCCGACGCCACCAGAUUUCGAUAACCCAUCGCUCAACAUCGACCCGGUCGAGCACCACACCGAUAUAUUCAUGGAUGAAGUCAAGAACACCUUGUACAAUCCGACUGUCAAGUCGUACUUGAAGCUCUACACGACUAUGGAUUUGAAAAAGCUGUCAAGUUUCCUUGAAGUCGAGCCCGAGAAGCUACGCAGCUGGUUGCUCGUCAAUAAGCAGAGAAGCAGGCAAAUUCGCUGGACUGAAGGUGGUUUGUUGGACGGCGAGACUGUCAAUGGCAGCGAGCUGGACUAUGCUAUCGAGGGCGACCUGAUCCAUAUCAGUGAGGCAAAGCAGGGGCGGAGAUUGGUCGACUGGUACUUGAGGAAUCUGGCCAGGUCUUACUGAACAUGAUUCGAAAUGGAGAAUGGCCGCAAAGACAUUCUUCGAGGAAGUGUUGAACCAGGAAGCGGCUCAGUUCUGAUGGUUGAACGCCAUGGACUUGAUGAUGACUAGGAGAUGUAAGCCAAGUCACGCCGCUCACGGCUCACUUUGUGGGCUGGGGAAGACGAAGGGUUUCGUCCAAUACUGGAGGAGAUAUUGAGGGCCUGCGAACGAAGCCAUGUAUGGUCAUCUUGGCAGAUGCUUCAGCAUUUGUGUUUCACGAAGGUGAAAACAUGCAGGAUCGCAUGGCAAGCUUGGGCUUGACGAGAGGAGCCUAUGAAAUAGUAGUAUCCGACGCAGGGAGCCCAUCAAUGCUUGAAAUAGAAAGAGAAAAGUUUCAAAAUCACUUCAAAAC